UUUGAAAAAAUGUCGUCCCAUAGCGGCGGGACCGAUUGGAACUCCGUAAUAAAAGCUUUGCUUUUAAGCCGCACGGGUGCAUUAAACAAAAACGAAGUGGUUAAUUUGCUAAAAGCAAUAACCAGAUGCGAACACGAAUUUUUCGACGAUGAAGGCAGUUUCGUACCAUUUUACACGGCCUUUGCGGCACUGGCUGCCGACAAACUUAUGCAAAUCAAAUCAAUUUGUCAGACACAGAUAUGCCAGCUGCACGAUGCCACGGCAGUGCUUAUUCGCUUUAUACUCUUCCGUCUGCCAAAAGUGUCGGUCUUUGAAUCGAAAUGGCUAUUGGCAGCCCUCAAAAUGCUCUGCGAGGGCAGGGAGAAUGCUUCUUCGGCUGUCGCACAGUUCGACUACAGUGCCGUGGCUGGGGUGGUGAAGAGCUCCAAACAUCCGGAAUCAUCCAAUAAGAGUAUUAUGUCAAUGGCAGGUAGCACCACAGGUGGUGCUGGUGCUGGCGGCAGCAACGAUAAAGAGUCACCAAAAUUGGAGAUUAAACGCUCGCGCUCGGACCUAUCAUCGGUUAUCCUUCAGCAGCUGUUGGCGCCGCUGGAGCCGGGAAAGAUGACCUGGGUGCCCCUCAGCGAAGAGAUCACCGACUGCACUGAGCAACUUUUGGCAGCCAAUGUGGAGGUGUUCCAGGAGGCAAAUGGCGUCGAUACCCUGUUGGACAUCUGCGUGGGCCUGCCCAUUCUCAGUCGCUAUCGCAUGAAGUACAUGGAGACGAUAAAUGCUGGGAAACCCCUCUACCUGCCACUCACACAGGCGGAGGCCACAACUGUGAAAUCAUCGAUGAAUCACAUGCUUACAGAUCUCUCGAUUGUGGGCCAGGCCUAUGCUUUGAUAGUCAUGCAGCCGCUGACACCGAGCCGCAUUGAAAAGCUUUCCAUGUGCGGCAUCUCGGCGCUGUACAAUGCUGUCCUCACCUCGAUAGCCACCAGUGUCUUGAGCAUGGGCCAGGCGAGCAGCGCGCAGAAACAACAGCAACAACAGACGGCUGCUGCAGCGUCCACCAGCCAGGGCAGCGGCGGUGGUUUGUCCAGUGUCCAGACAAGCAAAGAUCACGACGAAUUUGAAGAACAGGCUAGCGGGAUUGUAAACAAAGCCCUCGAAAUCUAUUCGAGCAUUGGCGAGAUGUUCAAAUCCUCGGCCAGGAUGUAUAUAUAUCAGAAUCAUUUGUGCUACGGCAGCUGGCUGCUCAUCAGCGGCAUCCAGGGAGCCAUGGGUGCCAGUGGCAGUGCCUCGGCAGAAACGGCAGCCAAAGCGGCAGCCGCCACAAAAGUAUCAUCCAAAACAGAGUCGAUUACAGCGCCCAGUACACCAAUAGCCAGGGUGAAUCUGUUCAAAGUCCAACAGGGCUUUGGAGAAUUGAAUGCAGCUAUUGCCAAUCACAGCAUUAAGCUGCUGUCCGAACUGAUUGAGGAUCUAAAGAUUGAAUCCGCCUGCGGACAGAGCAGUGUCACAGAUCCCGAAACGCUGCCAGAGCCAGCGCAAUUUGACAUCCUGCAGAAUUACACAUCGCUGGAAAGGAUUGUGCGGGUCCUAAACACUGCCACGCUGCAUCAGCUGUUCACUUUUCUGGCCACCGUGGCCUACCGCAAGGCAUGCACUCUGAAGCGUGCUUCAACUAAAGACCGCACCGAAUGCGAUCCGAUUAGCUAUUCGGACUCCACGACCUGCCUGAAUGAGUCCAUGUCCUAUUCGGACAACUCUGAAGAAGAUGACAGCGAAAGCUAUCUGGGGCAUUGGUUCAAGGAAACCCUCUCCCCGGAAACGCACGACGACAAUGCCAAUACUUCGUCGCAAGAGCGCAGUGGAGAGCAGAAGAGCGCUUUGGUACCGAAACUAGAUGAGCCGCACGAGUAUCUGGAGCUGUCGGCAGACAUCUUCUGCUUCCUGGAUCAAUUCCUAGCCAACCGACAUGCCUACAUGCAGCGCUAUGUGAAGGCAGGCGUCAGCGAUCAGCAGAUGCUGCUGAUGGCCAACAUAAUCAAGGACUUUGAUCGCGAUGUGAUGCGCAACGACAGCGAACAGCAGUCGCCACCAAGUACGGCUGCUGCUGUGGCUGCUGCCACAGGAGCUGGAUCUUCUGGUUCCUCUGCCAAGUGGCAGGCGUCGAUGAUACGUUUCUCGGGUGCUGCUGGUCGAUACAUACACAACCUGAUCUCCACGGGACUGCUCUCCGAGCAGCUCCAAUCGAAUCUGCUGCAACAUUUGGCCAUCUCUCCGUGGUCCACGGAUACGAAUACAUGGCCCCUACAGGUCUAUCCCAGCACCCUUUCCGUUCUUGUGCAGAUACUGCUGCUGAAACCCAUACAGGAGAAGGAGGCCGCCUGCCUGUCGGUGUGGCAUCGCUUGAUCAACACGCUGGUUGAUGGCGUCUGCUCCUCUUCGUCUGCCGGUGACUCGGACUACGAGGAUAUCAACAUUGAGCAUGCCCAGCUGCUGCUCUUUCUGUUCCACUCGCUCAAUCUCAUGCAAAAGAAAUCCAUCCUGCUGCUAACUGCGGGCGGGGUGAUACGCUGCGCCGAAGUCUGUCGCGGCAUCAGUGCCGAGCGUGUCGUCAGGAACAGCCAAAUGAUGCUUCUAUCGCGCUUGCUCGUAUUCCUAGAGUAUCUGAUGAAACAUCUGUAUCACGCACCGCCCGAACUGUUGGAUCAAGUCCGCUGGAUACUGUUCAGCGUGAGCAGCAUGCCGGAGACGCAGAAGGUCUCCGAUUUGAUCAACAGUCGUACCAAACUGAACUCGUAUUGCCGUCAGGAUAUUGAAGAGAAGUUCCGCAAGUCUUCAGGAGAAUAUGGAUCGAAUAUACGGCCCACGUUUUAUAGCCUGGUCGUAAAGGAGCCCGAAAAGGCGUAUUGGGUGAGCGAAUUCAAAUUGGACGGCCUGGCCUGGAACUUUAUACUCUGCACACCGGACAAACUCAAGUAUCCGCUGCUGGUGGACGCCCUCGUGGAUAUCCUGAACAUAGCGGACAUGUCCUCGUUUUCCCGAAAGGAGAACAGCGAGAGCAACAGCAUACACAAUCUGUGUGCCAUGCAGUAUUGUUUUACCAACACCUGGAAACUGCUGCUGGGCCUGCCCCCAUCCACCUCUCACGUGGAGGCGCUCCGCAUUGAGCGGGCACCCAAUUUGCAUUCGCUGGUGUGGAGCACACGCCUGCCCUUGGCCACGUCACAUUAUCUGAUUGUCAAUAGCCUCAUAAAGCAGGGCAUGUACACACAGUACGCAGAGUCGUUGUACACCCAAGUGGGGGAUACCACAGCCGAUAUACGAUAUAAUUUGAAGCAAACAAUCCUUGGUGUAGAGGCCUUCAAUCAGCAGAUGAGUAACAAAGGUAUUCCACGCCUCUCGGAACUCAUACUCUUUGAUGCCUUGGUGGCCCACAUGCAGGCCGUGGCCUGGGCCGAAAAGGAGGGCUUCAAGCUGCUGCGCAAGGACUGCGAGGAUAGCAGCGGUGGCGACCAAUCAUCGUGCACCAGUGCGGCCUCCAGUAGUGGUGGUGGCAAUGCCACAGACCAUGAUCAUCCCGAGGUGUAUUCCUCCAACGAAUCCAUCGAUGAAGAGAAAUCCAAGCACGAGGAUGACCAGGGUCUAUCCACGGAAACGCUGCAACGCAAUCAAAUGAUCAACGAGCUGCUGAUCAAGCUAAUGGACUCGUAUCGCUACCUAUCGGAGAUUGUGCGCGAGCAAAUGCUCAAGCAGCUGUCGAGCACCACGCCCGAGCAUGUCCUCAACUUGAUAGUGCCCAUUGUGAGCGAUAAGCCGGCCAUAAUGCUGGAGCUGCAUGCGGCAUUCCUUAAGCUGCUGCCGAAUGAGGAUAAGCAAUUGAUAGCCAAUGAAUGGCCCAAGUGUUUGAUGGUCAAUGAUUCGGCCUUCGAUGGAAAACAGCAUCCCGUGGAGCCAUACACCCUGAAUGUUAUUGAUGCACACAUUACAGAGCUGACCAGAGGCAGCGGCGGUGUGGCCUAUUCCACUUUGCAUACGCUCAAACACUGCCUGAAGACGAUACUCCAUUUGAUGGAGCUGCUGCUGCCCUACGCCUCCAAUUGCACCGAAAUGGAUGCCCAGUUGAAGCCGCUGCUGAUUGCCUCAAUGCUGGACAUGCGCACCGACUAUCUGCAGGGCCAGAGCGAGCAGUGUCUGAGGGAAAUCUUGAGCGGACUGACCCUAGAGGCGCAGAAACUGUUGCUGUACGAGCACAUGAUUGGCUACUGCUAUCGUAUGCUGAUCGAAUUUGCCGCAGAAUUGCGACAGCCAGCGGCGGGAGGCACCCCAUUGGAUCAAGAGAGAGCCUUGUUCAAUGAAUCAAUGCUGUUUGCUGUCCUAAAGACAUUCAUCAAGAUGCUGGAGAAGCCCACAGCUGUGCAGGCCAUGCGCCAGUUCUUCCAUGACCAGAAGACGGGCAGCUUGACCACGCUGCUGCUGUCCUUUACGGGUACCACGCUGCCCCUGAGCUAUGCCCGCAAAAUGCUGCAGUUUGUCGAACGUUUGUUUGAGCAAUCCACUCGAGCGGACUCCCAGUUCCAGCAUGAGGACUUGGUGGAUUGUUUCAGCGAUCUGGCCACAGUCGAUGUGGCACGUCUGAAGCUGUGGCUGGCCCACAUAAUCUAUGGCCCAAAUAUGACGGCAGGCGAUGUCAGCAACUCCGAGACCAUGGAUCCGACAUGCCGCCUGCUCACGAGCAUCAUGCAGCCUUCGAGCAGCUCCAGUAGCAAUGCCCAGACACCCACAAACAUGGCCACAGUGUCGGCUAUGCCCAGUAUCUCUGAUCAGCUAGAUGCCAUGGACAUAGAUUACGACUGCGGGGCAGCAGCAGGAGCGGCAGGAGCUGCACCCAACACUUCACAGAUCUUGAGCCUGUGGCAGGCAGCGCAGCCGAAUCCCUCGGAGGAGUCCUCACAGGCCUGCGAUCACAGCGAAGGGGGAGAGCAGCGCCAAAGCGAACGCAAUGGAGGACUACUGCUGUCCAUCACCAAGUACCUAGUACGCGAUCAGAGCAAGGCAGGUCCGAUAGCAGCGCCCCUCUUCCAGGCCCUCCUACAGCUGGGUCAGACUUUGAUCAGCCCGCCUCACGAUGGCUGUGACUUUGCGGAUGUCCUACAGAUAAUGAUCACCCUGGCGGAUGCCUCUCCAGCACGCGGACACGUGGCGUUGUUCAAUACGACGCUGCUGUGGCUGGAGCUGGCCAAACUGCAGCUCCCCGACAAGCAUUUGCGACACGCGGAAAAUGUGAGCGCCCUGCUGCGGUACCUCAGCGAACUGUUGCAGAGCAUUGGCUACCGUGGCAGUCGCCAGCAUAUGCCCCCGUGGGACGACGAACUGCAGACGGACAUUGACGAUCUGUACGAUGAGUUGGCCGAAGAGGAACAGGACUCGCUGCUGGAUGACUCCGAUGAGGACACGCUGAACAACAAGCUGUGCACAUUCUCGCAGACCCAAAAGGAGUUCAUGAACCAGCACUGGUACCACUGUCACACCUGCAACAUGAUCAACACGGUCGGCGUGUGCUCUGUGUGUGCCCGGGUGUGCCACAAGGGGCACGAUGUCAGCUAUGCCAAGUACGGGAACUUCUUCUGCGACUGUGGUGCCAAGGAGGAUGGCUCGUGUCAGGCGUUGAGUCGCAGAUUGGGCUCUGGAGAGGUACGCGAGUCGGUGGGACCUGGCGGCAGCAGCAGCUGCAGCUACUUGCCCUCGCACAUGAGUCUCCUGGCGAGUAAGAAGAGAAGCAACACAGCACCAGGAGCCACACAGCAGCAGCAUGGAGCGCCUGCCCGCAAGGACUCGAUCAGCAGUGAGAGAAUCCAGCUUUUGGGGAAACUCCUCGAACCCUACCGUGAGACGUUGCAGCAUCAGGAACAAUGGAUGCUCGUGGUCCGAUGCAUACUCGAGUACUUUGAUGUGCUGCUGCCGUCGAUAAGGGAGAACUGCACGCUCUACUCGAUUGUGGGAUGCCACAGGCGUGCCACUGCCGCCUUGCAGCGUCUGCAUCAGCUGGAGCAGAGUUUCCAGAUCACCGAUCAACUGAUGUUCGCCACUCUGGGCUCCCAGGAGGGGGCCUUCGAGAAUGUGCGGAUGAAUUACUCCGGAGAUCAGGGGCAGACCAUCAAGCACUUGCUGACCUCUGGCACGAUACGCCGCGUGGCCUUUUGUUGCCUGUCCUCGCCGCACGGACGCCGCCAGCAGUUGGCCGUGUCGCAUGAGAAGGGAAAGGUCACCAUACUGCAGCUAUCGGCGUUGCUCAAGCAGGCAGAUGCCUCCAAGCGGAAGUUGACUCUCACGCAACUGAGUUCCGCGCCCAUUGCCUGCACUGUGCUCUCGCUGGCGGCCAAUCCCUGCAAUGAGGACUGCCUGGCCGUGUGUGGACUGAAAGAGUGCCAUGUGCUGACCUUCUCGAGCAGCGGCAGCACCAAUGAACACAUUGUCAUCACGCCCCAAUUGGAGAAUGGCAACUUCCUGAAGAAGGCCAUGUGGCUGCCUGGCUCCCAGACUCUGCUGGCCAUUGUCACCACGGAUUACGUGAAGAUCUACGACCUGUCGGUGGACACAAUCAGUCCGAAGUACUACUAUCUCGUGGCUGUUGGCAAGAUCAAGGACUGCACGUUCAUGUACCAUCAGCAGGAUGGCAGCGGGAGCUAUUUCAUGCUCAGUUUUACCAGCUCUGGCUACAUCUAUACGCAGCAGCUGGAUCAGCAGAGUCUGGCCGUGCACGGCGACUUUUAUGUGACAAAUACCCUCGAGUUGAGCCAUCAGCAUAUCAAGGAUAUCAAUGGACAGGUGUGCGGCGGUGGUGUGUCCAUCUAUUACUCGCACGCGCUGCAGCUGCUCUUCUACAGCUACACCUGCGGCAGGAGCUUCUGUUCGCCCCUGACGAACGUAAACGAGGGUGUCAAGGGCAUCUAUCACUUGGACAUCAACAACACAGCAGCAUCGACGGCCAGCAAAUCAUCGUCGGCUUCGAAGGUGCCGCUCCAGUCGCUUGUGGGUUGGACAGAGGUGGCCGGGCAUCCCGGACUGAUCUAUGCCAGCAUGCAUACGUCCAAUAAUCCAGUGAUACUGAUGAUCACACCCGAACGCAUAUACAUGCAGGAGAUCAAGGCCCAGUCGGCCAAAUCGAGGAUAAUGGAUGUGGUGGGCAUACGCCAUAGCGUGGCGGGGACUGAGAAAACCACCCUACUGCUCCUGUGCGAGGACGGCAGCCUCAGGAUCUUCUCGGCCCAACCAGAGCACACGAGUUUCUGGCUGUCGCCGCAGGUGCAACCUUUCGGCAAUCAAUUGUACAGCUCCACGCUGCUGGCAAAGAAUACCACAAACAAUCCGCAGGGGAAAAGCAAGGGAGGCGGCUCUGCAGCGGCUGGAAAGCUGCUCCAUCGCAAGGCCAGCAGCCAACAGCACCAGAAGCAACUGACAUCUGGAGGCCAGCCCAUAUUCCCGAUUGAUUUCUUUGAGCAUUGCAACAUGCUGGCGGACGUGGAGUUUGGCGGCAACGAUCUCUUGCAGAUCUACAACAAACAGAAGCUCAAGACGCGCCUCUUCUCCACGGGAAUGUUUGUGGCCAGCACAAAGGCCACGGGAUUCACACUGGAGGUGGUGAACAACGAUCCAAAUGUAGUCAUGGUGGGCUUCCGUGUGAUGCUGGGCACCCAGGAUAUCCAACGGGCACCCGUAUCAGUUACGAUCCUCGGACGCACCAUACCCACAACGAUGAGGAAGGCGCGAUGGUUUGAUAUACCCCUGACGCGCGAGGAAAUGUUCCAAUCGGACAAAAUGCUGAAGGUGGUGUUUGCCAAGUCGCAGGACCCCGAACAUGUCACACUCCUGGACUCUAUCGAGGUCUAUGGCAAGUCCAAGGAGCUCGUGGGCUGGCCCGACGAUAGCGAAGACGUACCGGCACCCAGCUCUGGUCCGACGCCCGUGACGGCCACGCAACAGAGUGCCGCCGCCAACUUUGGCGAGGGCUUCAAUUGCAUCACCCAGCUGGAUCGCAUGGUUAACCAUCUGCUGGAGGUGCUGGACUGCGCCCUGCAUCUGCUGGGCGGCAGUGCCGUGGCUGCCCCACUGCGCUCGAAGGUCGUGAAGACAGCCAGCGGACUGCUGCUGUUGCCCACACCGAAUCCCGUUCAAACCCAGGCCCGCUAUGUGCUGGCCACCCUCUAUGGCAGUCGGGCGGCCUAUCACAGCUUCAAGGAUGGCGUGAUCCUGCACUUCGUGCACGGCGAACUGCAGGCCAUGCAGCCGAAGCUGCAGCAACUAGAAUCUCUGCAAGAAAUCGAUCCGGAGGCCUUCUAUCGCCUGAUAUUGCUGGUACGCGGCGUGGCCAACUCCCGUCCCCAGUCACUGGCCAAGAUCUGUCUGGAGAACAGCUACGAUUUGGUGCCCGACCUGAUGAGGAUUGUCCUGGAGCUGCACAAGAUCACCCCCGAUCUGGACGAGCCAGUGAAUAUUGUGAGACGCGGCCUGUGCCAGCCGGAGACCAUCGUCCAUUGUUUGGUGGAGAUUAUGUAUGGCUUUGCAUUGGCCGAUCCCGGUCAAGUGGGUCGCAUGACCCAGUACUUCAUUGAUCUGCUCAAGCACGAUGCCACCGUGAUCAGUCACAGCGCCAAGGAGGCACUGAUCCUUCUCCUCAGUCCACGCAUGAAGCGCCGCAAGGUGGCGGCCAUAGCCGUCAUUACGCCGCCUGCCUGCUCCACGCCCACGCCUCAAAUGCAGGCCCUGCAAGCGGUGGCUGCAUCGGCGGCCAACGACAUCAUCGAAGAGGCAGCAGGCGUGGCUGCCGGACAGGAUCAAGACAAUGCAGCGGCCGCUCUGCUCGAGGCAGUGGAGGGAGGACUCCCCGGACAGCAGCCGAACCACCAGCUGCUCAAUCUGGAGGCGUUCAUGGGCGGCGGUUUCCCCCGAUUGCUGGGUCUACCCGAAGAUGGCGACGACGAGGCCAUCAUGGACAUAGCCAUUGCCCUGAGUCUCCAACAGCAUGGCGGAGCCGAUGCCAAUGCCCUGCAUUCUCUGCAGCAGGGAUUGGCCAAUAUCCAGGGCAUCAGACAGGCGGCAGCCAAUGCUGCAGCGGCCAGUGUUUCGGUCUCUGUGUCUGCGGGAGGCUCCGAUGAUGAGGGCUCCAAUGUGGCCACCGAUGGCUCCACGCUGCGCACCUCACCCGCAGAGCCGGCAGGCAGUGGGGGAUCCGAGAGCGGUGGCAGUGGUGUGGAGAGCAUUGGCGGCACAUCGGCGCGCAGCAGUAACUUUGGCGAUCAUCCGAAUACAACGUCACCGCGACAGAGUUGCAGUUCCGUCAAGGAUGGAGAGCCGGGCGAGGAGCAGCAGCCAGGACCCAGUGGCUCUGGUGGCUCUGCCUCUGCCCCAGGAGGCGGCCUGAGCGCCAUGAGCAGCACCGAGGACAACAACGAGAUCAACGAAGAUGAAAAGCUGCAGAAACUGCACGAUUUAAGGAUUGCUGUUUUGGAGAGCAUUAUCCAGCACUUGGGCACAUUCGAUCUGUGCAAUGGUCUGCAGGCCAUACCGCUCAUCCAGGUGAUACACAUGCUGACCACAGAUCUCAAUGGCAACAACGAAAGGGACCAGCAGGUGCUCCAGGAGCUGCUUCAGGCUCUAGUGGAGUACGUGGAAAUAGGCAAACGUGGAGCGGCCUCAAGGAUGGAGAACAAAUGUCCCGGAAAUGAAGUACGCCUUGCUCUAUUGUCGCUCUUUGGUGUGAUGAUGGGCAAGACCAAAUCGAAGCAAACUGGCACCACCUCGCCACCGCAUCAGUUCAAGGAUAACAGCUCAUUUGUGGCCAGCACCACAGCGAAUGUUCUGAGCAAGAGUGGGGCCUUUGUCUAUGCUUUGGAGGCACUCAACACGCUCCUCGUGCACUGGAAAACCGUGCUAGGGGAUCCCUAUGCGCCAGGCCAAGCCGCAGCACCGAUCGCGAGUGGGGGAGCCACCUCGGGACCGGGCGUACAGCUGCUCAAACCCGUUAAACACGGCCCCAAACCAGAUAUAUCCAUACUGAUACCGCAGAACUAUCUGAAGAACUAUCCAGAUAUCUUUGAGUCGUACGACGGACUGCUCACGGAGAUCAUUGUGCGGCUGCCCUACCAGAUUCUGCGGCUAAGCAGCGCCCAUCCGGACAACUACGACAGCAGCUUCUGUGAGGCCAUGACAUUUACCUUGUGCGAGUACAUGAUGCUCAAUCUGAAUACACUGCUGCGAAGGCAGGUGCGUAAGCUGCUGAUGUACAUUUGCGGCAGCAAAGAGAAGUUCCGCAUGUACCGCGAUGGUCACUCGUUGGAUGCGCAUUUCCGUGUGGUCAAGAGAGUGUGCAGCAUUGUAAGCAGCAAGACUGGUGCCCCGUACAAUGCCAAUCCGCCAAUGCUCAGCUACGACUCGUUGGUGGAUUUGACAGAGCAUCUGCGCACCUGCCAGGAGAUCAGCCAAAUGCGCACUGGCAAUUGGCAAAAGUUCUGUGUGGUUCAUGAGGAUGCCUUGGCCAUGCUAAUGGAGAUUGCCUGCUAUCAGCUAGAUGAUGGCGUGUCUCCCAUUAUUAUACAGCUGCUGCAGGCGGCCGUUUGCAAUAUGCCAGCCAACAAGCAGCAGCAACAACAGCAGCCACCGCCAGCAGUCGUGUCGGCGUCUUCGAAGCUGCGCAGCGAGCGUGAGAAAAGCGAGGACACCGACGCCUACUAUUCGAAAUUCGAUCCGGCACAGUGCGGGACAUUUGUCCAUCAGAUAUUUCGGUAUGCCUGCGAUGCUUUGAUCAUACGCUUCGUAAGGAUCUUCCUGCUGGAGAAUAAUAUCAGUCAGCUGCGCUGGCAGGCGCACUCCUUCAUGACGGGGCUGUUCGAGCAUGCCAACGAGCGGCAGCGCGAGAAGCUGUUGACCAUUUUCUGGAACCUGUGGCCCCUGGUGCCCACCUAUGGCCGAAGGACAGCACAAUUUGUGGAUCUAUUGGGAUACCUCACUCUGACAACACGCAGCAUAACCGAACGCCUGCCAGAGUUUGUCUCGCGGGCAGUCGAAGUACUCCGGACACAGAACGAGCUGCUGUGCAAGCACCCGAAUGCCCCCGUCUACACCACCCUGGAGUCGAUACUGCAGAUGAACGGAUACUAUCUGGAAUCGGAGCCCUGUUUGGUGUGCAACAACCCGGAGGUGCCGAUGGCCAACAUCAAGCUGCCGUCGGUCAAGUCCGACUCAAAAUAUACCACCACAACGAUGAUCUACAAGCUGGUGCAGUGCCACACCAUCUCGAAGCUGAUUGUGCGGAUUGCGGAUCUGAAGCGCACGAAGAUGGUGCGCACGAUCAAUGUGUACUACAACAAUCGCAGUGUCCAGGCGGUGGUCGAGCUGAAGAACCGCCCUGCGCUGUGGCACAAGGCCCGCUCCGUUUCGCUGCAAUCGGGACAGACAGAGCUGAAGAUUGAUUUCCCAUUGCCCAUCACGGCCUGCAAUCUGAUGAUUGAAUUUGCGGACUUCUUUGAGACUGUGAGCGGUUCCAGCGAGAAUCUGCAGUGUCCGCGCUGCAGUGCCGCUGUGCCAGCGUAUCCGGGCGUGUGCGGCAACUGCGGGGAGAAUGUGUUCCAGUGCCACAAGUGUCGGGCCAUCAACUAUGACGAAAAGGAUCCGUUCUUGUGCCACUCGUGUGGCUUCUGCAAGUACGCCAAAUUCGAUUUUAGCAUGUAUGCACGCGUCUGCUGUGCCGUGGAUCCGAUCGAAUCGGCCGAGGAUCGAGCCAAGACUGUAUUGAUGAUACACACCUCACUGGAGCGUGCGGAUCGCAUCUACCACCAGCUGUUGGCCAACAAACAGCUGCUCGAGCUGCUCAUCCAGAAGGUGGCCGAGCAUCGCAUCAAUGAUCGUCUUGUCGAGGACAACAUGGCCAGUGUGCAUAGCACUUCGCAGGUGAACAAGAUCAUCCAGCUGCUCGCCCAGAAAUACUGCGUGGAAUCACGCGCCAGCUUCGAGGAACUAAGCAAGAUUGUCCAGAAAGUCAAAGCCUGCCGCAGCGAGCUGGUGGCCUACGAUCGCCAACAACAGGAUCUGCCGCCCAGCAAUCUGGCUUUGGUCUUGGGCGCCGAGAAUCCCACAACGAACCGUUGCUAUGGCUGCGCCUUGGCCUCCACUGAGCAGUGCCUUACCCUGCUGCGGGCCAUGGCCUACAAUUAUGACUGUCGCAUGGGUCUCUAUAGCCAGGGACUGGUCAGCGAGCUGGCGGAGCAUAAUCUGCGCCGUGGAACACCGCAGAUCCAGAACGAGGUGCGCAAUCUGCUGGUGGUGUUGACCAAGGACAAUGCCGAAGCGUGCAUGCAUCUGCUGCAGCUGGUCACGUCGCGUGUGAAGAGCGCUUUGAUGGGGUCCAUUCCCCUGAUUAGUCUGGAGGCAGCCGUGCAUCAGGAGAUGACGCUGCUGGAGGUGCUUCUCAGCCAAGAUGAUUUAUGCUGGGAAUACAAGCUGAAGGUGAUCUUUGAGCUGUUUAUCAGCAAUUGCAAGUUGCCCCGUGGACCGGUGGCUUCAGUGCUGCAUCCCUGCCUGCGCAUUCUGCAGAGUCUGAUUAAUCCCACGAUCUCUGGCAGCGGCAGCGGCGGCAAGCCAGUAUCUGCCAUUGAGUUGAGCAACAUUAAACUGCCCGAAGGCAACACCAUCGACUAUCGGGCGUGGCUCAACUCGGAUCAGAAUCACGAGUACUUGGCCUGGAGCAAUCGCAUGCCUAUCAGCCACCACCAACAGGAUGCACCGGCAGGCACCAAGCCAAAGAGCAGCAAACAGCAGCAGUCGGCGGGCACGGAGACACCGCCAAGAAAGACCAAGGAAGCCGCCAGGGCGGCAUAUCUGGGCGAGAAGUUUGGCAAACGUUGGCGUUCGAAUGUGCUGGACAAGCAGCGUGUGACCAAGCCGCUGGUGUUCAAUGCAGAGUGGAUCCAACCGUUGCUCUUCAACGAAAACUCCCGCUUUGGCCGGCAACUGGCGUGCACGCUGCUCGGCGGACUUGCACGCACGCACGAACGCAAGCAGCAGGCUCUCAAUUUGCUCACGUCCUUCCUGUAUCAUGUGGGGGAGGCGGGAGAGGCCAGCAACGAGUAUUUGGCUCUCUACCGGAGCAUUGCCACCGAGUCGCCCUGGCUGCAGUAUUUGGUGCUGAGGGGAGUGCUGUGCAAGAUCUCGUCGCUGCUGGCUACGGAGAUAGCCAAAGUGCAUUGCAUGGAAGAGCAUUCGCUGUCCUCGGACCUGACGCUCGGCUAUGCCCUGCGCCGAUAUGUGGAGCUCUUGUGGCUCUUCCUCGAGUGCCCCAACAUACGCAGGACCUACAAGACCCGUCUGCUGGGCCCCGUGCUCGAGAGCUACUUGGCUCUGAGAAGUCUGGUGGUUCAGCGAACCCGACACAUUGACGAGGCGCAGGAGAAGCUGCUCGAAAUGCUGGAGGAGAUGACCAGCGGCACCGAAGAAGAGACGCGUGCCUUUAUGGAGAUUCUCAUUGAUACGGUCGACAAGACGCGCAUGAAUGACAUCAAGACGCCGGUGUUUAUCUUUGAGCGUCUGUAUUCGAUCAUACAUCCGGAGGAGCACGACGAGAGCGAGUUCUACAUGACCCUGGAGAAGGAUCCACAGCAGGAGGACUUCCUGCAGGGCCGCAUGCUCGGCAAUCCCUAUCCCUCCGGCGAAAUGGGUCUGGGCCCCCUGAUGCGAGAUGUAAAGAACAAAAUCUGCACGGACUGUGAAUUGAUUGCCCUGCUGGAGGAUGACAACGGCAUGGAGCUGCUGGUGAACAAUAAGAUCAUUAGCUUGGACCUGCCCGUCAAGGAUGUGUACAAAAAGGUGUGGCUGGCCGAGGGCGGCGAUCGCGAUGCCAUGCGUAUUGUCUAUCGCAUGCGCGGACUGCUGGGCGAUGCCACCGAGGAGUUUGUCGAGACGCUGAACAACAAGAGUCAGGAGGCGGUGGACACAGAGCAGCUAUACCGCAUGGCCAACGUACUGGCCGAUUGUAAUGGCCUUCGUGUGAUGCUGGACAGGAUUGGCAGUCUGCAGAGAAUCUCCCGCCAGCGUGAACUUAUCCAGGUUCUACUCAAGCUCUUCCUGAUCUGUGUAAAAGUGCGCCGCUGCCAGGAGGUCCUGUGCCAGCCCGAGAUUGGGGCCAUUAAUACACUGCUGAAGGUGCUACAGAUGUGCCUGCAAUCGGAGAAUGACUCAAUACAGUCGGCAGUCACCGAACAACUGCUGGAGAUUAUGGAAACGCUGCUCUCGAAGGCAGCCAGUGAUACGCUGGACUCGUUCCUGCAGUUCUCCCUGACGUUCGGAGGGCCCGAGUAUGUGUCGGCAUUGAUCUCCUGCACGGAUUGUCCGAAUGUACGCAACAAUCCUUCGGUGUUGCGGCAUCUCAUUCGUGUGCUGGCCGCCCUGGUCUACGGGAAUGAGGUGAAGAUGGCCCUGCUGUGUGAGCAUUUCAAGGACACACUCAACUUCAAACGCUUUGACAAAGAACGCACACCCGAGGAGGAGUUCAAGCUUGAGCUCUUCUGCGUCCUGACCAAUCAGAUCGAGCACAAUUGCAUUGGCGGCACCCUCAAGGAUUACAUUGUCAGUCUGGGCAUUGUGGAACGCUCGUUGGCCUACAUCACAGAGCAUGCCCCAUGUGUGAAGCCCACACUCCUGCGCACCGACUCCGACGAGCUGAAGGAGUUCAUUUCGCGCCCUAGUCUCAAGUAUAUACUGCGCUUCCUUACCGGACUCUCCAAUCAUCACGAGGCCACUCAGGUGGCCAUCAGCAAGGACAUUAUACCGAUUAUACAUCGCCUAGAGCAAGUGUCCAGCGAUGAGCAUGUCGGCAGUCUGGCCGAGAAUCUUCUAGAGGCUUUGUCAACCGAUGCAGCCACCGCGGCCCGCGUCCAGCAAGUGCGUGACUUCACGCGCGCCGAAAAGAAACGUCUGGCCAUGGCCACGCGCGAGAAACAACUGGAUGCCUUGGGUAUGCGUACGAACGAGAAGGGACAGGUGACGGCCAAGGGCUCUAUACUGCAAAAGAUCGAGAAACUGCGCGACGAGACUGGGCUGACGUGUUUCAUCUGCCGCGAGGGGUAUGCCUGCCAGCCCGAAAAGGUGCUGGGCAUCUAUACGUUCACCAAGCGCUGCAACGUGGAGGAAUUCGAGCUGAAGUCCCGCAAAACCAUUGGCUACACCACGGUGACCCAUUUCAAUGUGGUCCAUGUGGACUGUCACACCUCAGCGAUUCGUUUGACCCGCGGCCGUGAUGAAUGGGAGCGGGCUAGUCUGCAGAAUGCCAAUACCCGAUGCAAUGGUCUGCUGCCGCUCUGGGGUCCGUCCGUGCUCGAGACGACCUUCUCCGCCUCGAUGACGCGUCACAGCAGCUACAUGCAGGAGAGCACCCAGCGUUGUGACAUCUCCUACACGAGCAGCAUACACGACCUGAAGCUGCUGCUGGUGCGUUUCGCCUGGGAGCGUAGCUUCCACGAUGAUGCCGGCGGCGGUGGUCCCCAGUCCAAUAUGCACUUUGUGCCCUACCUGCUCUUCUAUUCGAUCUACAUGCUGCUGUCCUCGCGCUCGGCGGCCAGGGAUAGCAAGACGGUACUCGCCUAUCUAACAGCCCCGCCCAGCGAUAAGUGGCUCGAGUGUGGCUUCGAGGUAGAGGGACCGCUGUACAUGAUCACCAUUUCGGUGACGCUGCACAGUCGCGAGCUGUGGAACAAGCACAAGGUGGCGCAUCUGAAACGAAUGCUGGCCGUGGCCCAGGCACGACACGUCUCACCAUCGGUGCUGUGCAAGGCUCUGCUUGCGCCGGCCGAUCGCCAGGUGAAGGAUUACAGUGUGUACAAGCCGUACCUGAUGAUGUGGGCCAUGAUCGAUAUGAUAUACAACAUCCUGUUCAAAUUGGUGACCAUGCCCAAGGAGGAGGCCUGGCCAGUUUCCCUGUUCGAUUACAUACGCAAAAAUGACGAGGCUAUGCUUAAGUCAACAGAUGGCAUCCUACACAUCCUGACUGAGGAGCUAUUGCCGUGCACUUCGUUUGGCGAGUUCUGCGAUGUGGCAGGACUUCUAACUCUGAUCGAACAGCCGGACAGCUUCAUCGAGGAUCUGCUGGCCUCCCUGCCUUCGACCACAAGUUCUAGUUAAAUAAUUUCGAUUCGUUAAUAAUUAAAACACACAAGGAAUGCAAAAGCAAAGCAAAGGCUUACAAUCUUAAUACAUAAUAUAACGUAUCACAUAUAUGUAACUAUUUAAUCAAUAAAAAUUAUUCGUUUGCACAAUAACUAAUGUGAA